GUGCUUUUAGUUGAGCUGUCAUGGCGACCACGGAGAGUAGUAGCAACAAUACCAAUGGUGGUGCUGGUGGCGAGGGCAACGGCGGCUCCUGGGUUGCGUCCUGCUGGCGGCGGCCGCGCUCGGCGCCGGAGUGUCUCUUGCUCUCGGCCGUCCGGUUCGCCGAGAAGGUGGGCCAGACCGCGAGGGACGAUCCCAGGCGGGUGGCGCACUCGCUCAAGGUCGGGCUGGCACUCACGCUGGUGUCCGUCGUCUACUACGUCAGGCCGCUCUUCAACGGCUUCGGGGGCUCCGCCAUGUGGGCUGUGCUCACCGUCGUCAUCGUCAUGGAGUUCACAGUCGGUGCAACUCUUAGUAAAGGCCUCAACAGAGCUCUCGCGACGUUGGUCGCCAGUUCCCUGGCCAUCGGAGCUCAUGAGGGAGCUAGCCUCGUCGUCCCAAGAAGUGAAAUGGCAGAGUCCAUACUGCUCGUCGUCUUCGUCUUCUUCGUAGCGUCCGCUGCGACCUUCUCACGGUUCAUCCCGGAGAUCAAGGCGAGAUUCGACUACGGCGUCAGUAUCUUCAUACUCACCUUCAGUCUCGUGGCCGUCUCAAGCUACCGCAUAGAGGAGCUCAUGCCCCUCGCGCUCCAGCGCACCUCCACCAUCUUCGUCGGCGUCGCCAUCUGCCUCUGCACCACCAUCUUGGUCUUCCCUGUAUGGGCUGGUGAGGACCUUCACAAGCUCGCCGCCGGCAACCUUGACAAGCUGGCUGACUUCCUUGAAGGAAUGGAAACUGAAUGCUUUGGUGAGAAUGCUAGAAGUGGGGAUCUGGAAGGCAAAGACUUUCUUCACGCGUACAAGAGCGUCCUCAGUUCAAAGGACAAAGAGGACUCUUUGUGCACACUAGCCAAGUGGGAACCUAUUCAUGGCAAGUUCCGCUUCAGACACCCAUGGAGUGAAUACCAGAAUCUUGGUACUCUUUGUCGCCAAUGCGCUGCUACAAUGGAGGCUCUUGCUUCUUAUGUUGUCAUCCUAACAAAAUAUCAGUAUCCUGAAGCCAAUCCAGAGCUAUGCUUGAAGGUUCAGACAACAUGCAGUCAAAUAAGCUUGCACUCUGCUAGGAGUCUCAGAGAACUCUCGUCAGCAGUUCGGUCAAUGACCACACCAGCUCCAACAAACAAUGACUUGUCUGCUGCCAUGAAAGCUGCAAAUGGCUGUAGAAACGAAUUACUGGAAGACGCGGCUCUAUUGCAAGUGGUGCACAUAGCGGUUAUUGCAUCACAUAUAUCAGACUUGGUUAUUCAGAUAAAUAAAAUAACAGAAUCGGUUGACAACCUAGCACGACUUGCCCGCUUCAGAAACCCAAAAAUUACGCAAAAUGAUGUAGUUAUCAAUGUAAAGAUAGUCGAUAAUAGAUGAUCUUCUGUGACACAAAUAAA